GUAAUAUUUUAAAAUAAAAACAAUCUCUUCACUUUUCACUUGUGUCUUGUAAGUACUAAAGUAGAUUAAACAUUAGUACUAACUGCUGUAGUACUAAUAUUGUAGUAACUUGGUAGGCUGAACUAAUAACAUAAUUCCAAACAGUAAACUUAUUAUGAGAAGAUUUCUCUAAUAUACUGGUCACUAACUAUAGUAGAUUACCUUCUUAUUUGUACUAGAAGAAUAAUUUCAACUGUUGUUAAGUAUUAAAAUAUUUAUUUUUUUGAAAUUUCAUUUCAAUUACUUAAAUUUAAUUUUUAUUUGAGUUACUUAAAACGUUUGAAAUGGUAGAUCAAGUUACUUUUCCAGACACUGUUACAGUACUAAAGUCAUCAAAUGGUUCUGUAGUUUAUCUUGUUGGUACUGCUCAUUUUAGCGAAGAAAGCCAAGAAGAUGUUGCUCAAGUAAUAAAUGCGGUCAAACCAGAUGUUGUUGUAAUAGAAUUGUGCUAUAACAGGAAUAGCAUAUUAACAAUUGAUGAAUCGACUAUUGCCAAUGUUAAAGGAAUUUCAUUAGAGGAUUUGAAAGGAUCAAUAAAAAAAUUAGGCUUCACUCAAGGUAUAUUUUAUCAACUGAUGAUAAAUAUAUCAGCAAAUAUAUCUCGUGAUCUUGGCAUGAUACCCGGUGGUGAAUUUCGUAGAGCUGUUGUUGAAGCCAAAAAAUAUGACAGCCACAUUUAUCUAGGUGAUAGACCAGUUGAUAUAACUAUAAAAAGAGUAAUUUCAAUGUUGAGCUGGCCAAAAAGCAUUAAACUAUUGGGACACUUGUUAUUUACUGCAGAUUUUAAAAUUACAAAAGAAGAUGUAGAAAAAUUCAAAAACAAAGACUUACUAGAAACAUUAAUGCAUGAAAUGGCUGCUGACUAUCCAGAGUUGGAGAGAGUAAUAGUUGACGAAAGAGAUAAAUUUUUAACUUAUAGUUUACAAAAUUGUGCUGGAUUUGUAAUUGAUAAAACUGGAAAUAGGCAAAAUAUAUGUAAUUCAAAACCUCAAGUUGUUGUUGGCGUAGUCGGAUUAGGUCAUGUUGCCGGUAUUAAAAAAUAUUGGGAAAAAAUAACUGAUGAACAAAUUUCAGAACUAAUUAUAGUUCCACCUCAAUCAAGAAGUAGCAAAAUUAUCAAAGUUGUCAUAAAGGUUUCUGCUUAUGGUUUACUUUUGUGGGGUGUUUCAAAGAUCCCAGGUGUGAAAUCAUUAUCAAGGAUGGCUUAUGAUGCAGUUACUUCUACAUAUGUUCAAGGGAAAUUUAUAAAAUUACAUUAAACUAUCAACAAUCAUUAUUCCAUUAUAUAUAUUUUAUGGUAUGUAUAGAUAUCAAUUUUGAAUAUUUUUUAUCUUAUCUUCUAUGUUAACUAAAUUUGAAUGCUCCUAGUUGUGUGUAAUGUUGAAAUUAGUGGCGCUGAAUGAUAUAAAUUUAAGUGAAGCAAAAUAAAAAUAUUUGUACACUUACUCUCACUGAGAAUAUUGUCUACCUCUAAUAAUUAAUAACUUAAGUUAUUUAUUUAAUUAUUUAGUAUAAGUAAUAUUUAAUGUAAAAACAAAAACACACAUACAAAUUAAACCACCUACUCUCUUUAUUAUAUGAAUCGAUCGCUUCAAUUCAUGUAUAGAUUCAGCGCCACUAGUUGAAAUGAAGUGAAUAUUAAGUCGCUAUUCAGUAUCAAUUUAGAUGUAACUACUCAACUAAACCAUUAUGAAUACUUCAGAAUAAAUCUGAUCAUUAGAUUAAAACUAAUAGUGUGAAAAACAUUUUCAAAGUAAAAACAAACAUUA